AUGGAUGAAGGUAGGAACAGUACCAAGCUCGAUAUCGAAGGCGUCAGACAGCAGUCCGCCGCUAACGAAGCACUCCGUGCAGAGGGUGAGCUGAAAGAAAGCUAUAAGAAGAUCUGCGAGCCAGACGUUAAUAGAAACGGAUUAGACGGUUCGAGCAAGAGUGACCACCAGCAGCAGCAGCUAGCGGCUACCAGCGAAGGCCACGGGAUGCCACGCGAAAACGGAACCGGAGCGAAGGAUGGCGAGGAAGAGCGGAUGCUGAACGGUGGCGGUGCCGAUGCCGCCAUCGUACGCAGCGAUGCUGAGCCCACGGAGAAGGAUCGACUGGCCCAGAAAGAGGUGGAGGUGAAGUUCAUCUCGUCGAAAAAUGGGGACGCUCGUAUUGACAUGGAGCUGGAGAAUCAGCAAACGUUCACCGGGAUGACCAAGGAGGAGCUGAUGAAAUACGCGAACGACCCGUUCUGGGUGCGCCUUCGCUGGCUGCUGUUCGUUUUGUUCUGGGCGCUCUGGGUGGCGAUGCUGCUCGGUUCGUUCUACAUCAUCUACGAUGCGCCCAAGUGUGCUGCCCCCGUGCCGCUUUCCUGGUGGCAGGAGGGUCCUCUGAUGGAGCUGACCGGUGGCGAACGCUACGACGAGCAACUGCAGCAAGCUCAACGUUACGGUGCCAAGGGUGUGAUCUACGAGCUUCCGGCGGACCAAACAUACUUUGUGGACACGCCUGCCGUCCAGGAGCAGCUGAAAAAGCUGGUCGCCGAUUUCGGGUCCAAAAACAUAAAGGUGGCCGUUGACAUCACGCCGAACUUUGUCACCAAGAACGAUUCGCUGUUCCAAACUGCGCUGGGGCAGAAGGAUGGCCCAGAGUACCGUGCCUUCGUAUGGAGAGAUACGAGCAAACAACCUCCAACAAGCUGGCUGUCCGUUGUCGAUGACAAGAGCGCUUGGGAAACCGCCAGUAACGGGAUGUACGUUCUGUCGCAGUUUGGUCCCGACCGGUACGAUCUGAAUUUCGAAGCACAAUCCGCGCGCGACCGGCUCAAGAACACUCUCAAGCAGUUGCUUGAGCUUGGAGUGCGAGGAGUUCGGCUGAACAACGCGAAGCAUCUGCUCAUCAAUGCCGACGGUGAAGAAGAGACAAUCAUGAACCCGGUCGAUGUUGACAAGACAAAGACCGUGAAUCAGUACGGCUUCUAUACGCACCGGGAAACGACGUACCGCGACGGGCUCGGGAGCUUGUUCCACGAGCUGUCCACGUUCGUGCACGAGCAGACGGACGGCGAGGCGUUCCUCUCCGUCACCGAGUAUCUCCAUCGACUGGAGGUAUUCACCGUCAAUGGCACACUGCCGAUUGAUGCUCCGCUAUACGGCAACAUCGAGUUCGACCUGCGAGACACCGUAGCUGGCCCGAACGCUACCAGAAAGCUGCGCAAGGACAUCGAAAGCGCAUACCGCACGGUCAGCAACAAUCAGCCGGCCAGUGACAAGUCUUGGCUCCAGCUGCGCUACAACAGCACCUCGCUGAACGCGUCGGAGUGGGCCGUGUUCCACUUUUUACUUCCUGGUGUGCCCGUCUUCCCGGUUGAUGCGCUGAGCAAUGUGUCGCACGAGAGCGUCGAGCUGCUGGAGAAAUUCCGUACCACACCUUCCUUCCAGCAUGGGCUGUUCAACGUUUACAAUGACGCGAACGCCACCGCCAUCGCCUACACUCGGCUAAAGUCAGGUAAUCCGGGAUAUUUUGUGGUACUCAACCUCGCCCAGGGUGACCAGGAAACGAAGGCCGACUUCAGUGCCAUCGAAGGCAUCAGCAGUGAGCUGACCGUCGUUCUGACCAGUCAGAACUACGCCGUUCCGAACGUUGGUGUCAAAUCGAAAGUACCCGUCGAUGCCGUACCGCUGUCACCAAUGUCCGCACUCAUUGCCACCUAUGUACCAACCAAGUGAGCUGGUAUUAAAAGGACACGGCUUCAGCAGCCCCCGCCUGGGCUCCAAUAAUGAAAUACGCAACAAAUAAUGUGUGUACUAAAUGUUACUGCCCCUUCAAUUCUACUCCCAUCGACCCACAAACCUGCGUCCUAAAGGUUUGCCGCUGCGCUUCGUUUGUGCAUUGCGGUGGCCGCAUCCCCAGAAGCACAGCAUAUGAUGGGCGCUGUUGAGUAGAAUCGCUUCAAUAAAAUUCUUCAAAUGCA